AUGAAUGUGUGCACUGAGUUUGUGAGGGGAGUGUGCCGCAUUGGCAUGACACAUGGAAAGAAAGCUGACCAUAGUCAUCAGCAUCUACAUUUGGGAUAUGCUAAACCUCUCAUUGGGCCAGAUUCAGGUUCUGACUUGGGCUCUGUGGUGGGCUGUGAUCAGAGGUGGGACAGGGAGGAGGAUCUGGAUCAGAACCAGCUGCUUGUAGAGCACACAGAUGAGGGCUAUUAUGAGGAGUUAAUUAGGCCAAAAAAAUUGUUCAGUUCAGUGAAGGCCUCCAGGAAUCACCAAGAGCUCCACCGUGAGCUCCUUAUCACCUACAAAUGAGGAUUCGUGGUGGAGGAGAAGCCAGAGCUGCAGAAAUUUCUAGACAAGAGAAACAAAGCUCAAGCUCUGAGACACGUGCAGGAAAGAGCUCCUCUGGACCAGGAACUGCAGUGGAGGCAACAGACCAGUUCCCAGCUAGAGAGAGGAAUGGAAGAGAUGAGAGAAAAGCAGAAGGUAGUGGCUGAGUUCAUCAGAGUCAAGGAGAGUUUGAAGGGGACAGUGGUGCCAAACGCUUUGGAGAAGGAGCUAUAG